AUGCCUUCUUCUAUUCACUUCACUACUCCCGCCGAAUCGAAAACUCGAUCCUCUUCUAUCUACACUCGACCCCCAAAGAAACAGAAGAUGAGCAUCACUCAGACUUACUUCCUCGCCCACUCUGCUCGAGGCAAGCUCUCUAAGGAGGCUUCCCGGGCAGACCAUGAUCUUCGACUCUUGGUCGGUCAUGCCAACCUUCUCGACUCCCUGAUGCUCGACCUCGCUAGCGCUGAGCAAGAGCAAGAACAAUGGUUCGCCAAGUCUCUAUCACAAUCAGAAGAGUCUGUUGAGGAGCCUAAAGCCGACUGGGAAGCGGAGGAUGCCGAUGAAUCGGAGUCCGAGUCAGAUUCAGAGUACGAUGAGGACGCAGAGAUGAUCGAAGCAACCACACAAGCGCCAAAUGUCACAGUUACCGAGGUGAACGAGGAGGACGCAGACUUUGAAGAGGACGAUGAAGAAGAUUAUGGUGAUCUCGCUCUUACACGAACUGCUUCCCGACAUUCUCCCCCAGAGUUGAGCUCAGACUCCGAAUCAGAUUCCGAAGACGAGCCUAUGCCACCAUCACCUCCCUCCACCACAUUCGAUGCUUUUACAGAACAUCAAAGACAAGCCAUCGGCAACCCACAAAAGGACGCAUCAUUAUCAGAGUCGCAACAAGAAGCCUUCAUUGAAGAGGGAUUCUUCUUGCCAUCAAGGUCACAACAACUCCAAGAACCACAACCGUCCAUGAUUGCUGCCUGUUAA